AUGUCACCCUAUUCUUCCCAGUCAACUUUCAUCCCUCGAUUCUGCUCCUCUCUCGGCAAAGACAUCGUUUUCGUCCGAACGAAAUCAGGAACGUACUCCAAAUUCACAUUUGAUGACUCAAAAAAUUGCUUUUUGUCAGUUAUCUGCAAUGAUUGUCAUGUUGUUCCGACAGAAUAUGAUUUACUACCAUUAUAUGCAGCAUGGUCGAACCGUCUCGAACGAUAUGUAAUAUUUGUGAAGAAUUUGCUGAACGGGCAAGUUGAGCAGUACGUUUACGAAAUGGAUUACGAAGGAUUUCAACAAGUGUUUCAACCAGAAUUGGUGUUUGAUUCGAAUCGAUCUCCUACUUCGAAUGAGUUUUUCACUGUCGGCGGAACAGAAAAAGACGGCGUGACGAUUAUUAAAAAAGAUUCGAAAGGAAGUUUUCGUAAAGAACAACUGAAUUGGGGCACAAAGCAAUUCGAAGUCAUUCCGCCUGUUCCUGUAAGACUUCUGGAAACGAAAAAGCUCGAAAAGGAGGAGACGAUGCCUGUUACUAUUCAAAUUCCGAUAGAAAAAGUCAGAGAAAUAUUGGUAUCCGCGGAAAAAGAGAAGCAGGAUAGUUUGAUGUUGUCGAGAAAACGAAAAACUGAAUCACACGGCGCACCUAAUGCAGAUCUCAAGAAAGGAAUCAAAGAAGUUGAACAAAAACCAGAAGAUUUGGAAACACCAAAAGUUCCGAACAGUGCUGUGGUACGAGAAUCUGAUAUCCACGUUGUAGGAAACAAGGCUAGACUGUCAAAGAAAGACAUUGUCGAAAUUCGUCGACUCGCUGCAUUGAUGGGAAAUCCAACAGAACCAGAUUCAUCGGAUGACGCCGACUACUCAGAUUCUGAUGAUGACGUCAUAAAAGAAGAUGAACAAGGAUUCGAAAUCGCUGAAUCAAGCUGCUAA